UCGCGAGAUUACCCUAGCCAUGUGACCGAGACGUCGGUAAAGGAAAGAAAACAGGAAGCUGUUUAGAGUCGCAAAGCGGUAGCGUGUUGUAUUUGGAGUGUAUAAGAUAUGGAUUUGUCAGCGAAAUUUACAUUUGUAAUAGCAUGCUGGGCUGUUACAUUCAUUACCGUUGCUGACUGCGCGAUUUACCCAUCAGAGACGAGUGGCGAUAGUGCACGAAAGCUGCCAUCAGCAGUCAUCCCUGUAUCGCAGCCGAGCACUUUGGGAUCCUUCUAUUCUCUCAGUCUCUCAUCUACAUUUCCAGAGGACUUGAACGAGUAUUGCAUUGAACUGCUUCGCAUCUACCGUCAGCGCUAUGUGGCUUACGCGAACUGCCUGGUGACUUAUGCACGACCUGUCAAAGUCUGUCAGAACUGUUACACUGGCUUCAACAGUCUGGAUGGCAUUUAUAAAAACAUAUCAUCCGACCAACCUGGCCCUGGAAAUAUCAGUUGCCAUGACAGCCUGAUGCGUUCUGAUAGGUUGAUGCUGCUCUAUGCCCUCUUCAACAAAUUAGAUGAGAUAUGGACAUCAGCUAAAUGCAAGCAAUGUCUGUCUAAAGAUCAAGAGGCUCUUUCGAAUGAUACUGUUUACUUCAUGGCCACUCUGAAUCAGUCACUCUCAUGUUUUGAACAGUAUCAGAGGAACCACACUGAACUGUGUAAAGACUGCAAAGCCUCAUACAGAAAGUUGAAAGAGCUCUAUGGUAGCAUGGACAAAAACCAAACACUCUGCAUUGAUUUAGAAGACGCAAUGAAUAUAACGCAGCAGCUGUGGAGUAAAAACUUUAGUUGCCUGUUACCUCGGGAGGAGACGGUGCCUGUCAUCGCAGUGUCCAGCUUCAUGCUCUUCCUCCCCAUCAUCUUCUACUUAAGCAGCUUCCUGCACUCAGAACAAAAGAAACGCAAGCUUAUACACCCCAAAAGAGCCAAGUCCAGCAACAGCUUAAUGAAUAUCCAAGACAAAUUCAACUGAGUGGAGGUGAGGCGAGGAGGGGAAGAGAGGGCACUGAAUCUUUGGUUCACCUCAAUGGACACUUUAAGCAUGGAUGGGUAGGGUUCACAUCUUCUCCUGGACUCCAAGCACAUCCUGGUUGGAAGACUUUAUGAUGCUCUGCAGAUGCUGUGAUCACAGUCUAUUUAAAUCAAUUUUUUUUUUUUUUUUUUGCACUAUUUGUCAUUUGCACUAUUGAUUUAAAUACGCCAAUUGCGAGUUCUCUCUCUUUUUUUUUUUUUUUUUUUGCUUAGCUUUAAAAAUAAGAUAGUUCUACUGGUUUUCACACAGGAUCAAGGAUGAUUUCAAUAAUUAUGAUGGAUAUUAGUAUUACUUUAUUGCAUUUAAUGCAUGAAAGACAUAUGAUCCCAAAAGAGGGAGAUUUAUCUUUUACAUCAGACUGGUUAUGCUGCAUUUUUACUGCACUAAGGGACCAUGUUACAUUUUAUAUUUUAUAAUUUCCUUGGUAAUAACAAAUGCACACACACACACACACACACACACACACACACACACACACACACACACACACACACACACACACACACACACACACACACUACAUGGCAAUGGUACCACUUCUGGAAGCACUUCAUGUGCAUUAGAGAAAGAUCUUGUAACAAAUACUUUAUUCAGGGUCAAAGGUGUAUGCAGUGAGUAGAGUAGUAAAGUAAAGGAUGGAAGAGGCAACAUGAAGGCUUUUUAGAUGGUCCAUGUGCCUUUUUACUUCACUUUUUGUUUUAUAAUGGAUUUGCCAUGGUCUACCCUCAUUGUGUGGUUAUAUACUCUACUGUCAGAUAUUUGAUCACAGACCAGUUAUUCUAAAAGGAAUAGGAAAGCUUAAUUAAUAGUGAUACAUCAGAGAGACCUUUUAUUUUCUGUACUCAGAUGCUGACCAUAGCAUUAUAUGAAGUAAAGUGUUAUUUUGUUUACUCUGAAAUGCAGUAUGGUUUAUUCAUAGGACCUUUGCAUACUUCUAUAGUUGUGAAAUAAUUUUCAAUUCAAUAACUUCCUCAUACCUCUAUUAAAAUGUUAAUUUUGCUUAACUCUUAAAGCCUUCCUUAGUGCAGUUGACAGGCUCAUUGUUUUCAGGGUUACGUGGACUUUCCAUGGAUUGCAAAGCGCCCAUUUCCCUAGUCAUUAGCAGCUAAUCUAAAUGUAGGAUAAAGUUACUUGGCCGAAUAAUUGUAACAACACAUCCAUUUAAGCUGCAUUGGCUUUUUGGUCUUAUGGAGCCAAGCCAUUGCCAUCACACUGCCUGUUAAGCGCAUUUUGUUUGAUUUAUCCAAUCAUAUGAUCAUACAGGAAGAAAUGGGGAAAAAUAGCCUUUUCAUUUGUGGCUCAUGAGUGCAAUGUCUAACAAGAAUGAUAGCUUUCAUCCCUGCAAUGCCAGAUCCGUUGGUGAAAGUCAUUACUCCAGACCUGACUGCCAAAUGUAGCAACCAAGCAAAUUUAUGGCCACGUGUUCGAGGAACUGACGCAAAACCUGAAAUUCCUUUUGAGAUGUGUGACCCGAGCCUUACUUUUCCUGACAAGAACUUACUUUUGCUGACUUAGAGAGGAUGAGGGGAAACUGGUGGGGGAUAUGAGAUUAUCCCACAUCACGUUUUGCCCUGGUAAGAAUCGGAGCAGUGACUUUGGACCUUAAGCAGUGAGCCCAUUAUGAAAUAUCCCUGAGUCUGAAACACAGCAGUGACUGAUCCAACAAACCUUUAAAGUAGCUGCUGCACUGUUUAAAUGUUGCCAUUAGGAUUUUGGAUGACCUGUCAUUAUAAAUGAAAAAAAAAUGUGUGUGUUGAUUAAUGAUUGCUUUGUGCUCUUUUAGAAGAACUCACAUACUAACAAAAAGGCUGAUUGUAUUUUCACGUUUUGUAAGGCUGUAAUUUUAUUGAGAAUAAUAAAAAGAUAAUUGAUUCUAAAA